UCUCUCUCUUACUUCCUCUCAAGUUAAUUCGACGCGGACGCGGGCGUGGAAGUUUUGUUGACAAACAAAGCUCGUGCUGCCUGCUAAGUUGAACAUUGGUCGUACAAUGUCAACGGAGCUCUAUGCGUUACACGCAUCGCAUAAUACUGUUAGUAGUCAUCGUCGCUACUUUCUUCUUAUUCCGUGCCCUUUACCGACGGACAGACCGCACGGGCCGUCUCUCCGCCUCCGUACGGAACUGGUGGGCCGGGGACAUCGUGGACUUCGACAAUGCCGACAACGUGACGGGCUUCGACUGGCCAAUCGUUCCCAACGUCGUUCACUUCGUACGCCUAGGCAACGCAUCACUCACCUUCACUGAGGCUGUUUGCAUCCGAGCCGCGUGGAUACAACAGCGGCCCACCUCGCUCAUCGUGCAUUGCGACCGGUGCGAGGAGUCGACGCGCUCGAGUCCUCACUGGCCACUGGUCGCCGGGAUUCCCGGCCUGCGGCUGGCGACCGUCAAGAGGCCGCGCAACAUAUUCGGCAAGCGGCUCAGCUCCAUCUACCACGCGUCGGAUAUCGCCAGGCUCCGGAUUCUGCGCAAGUUCGGCGGCAUCUUCCUCGAUGGCGACUCGUACCUCGUGCGCUCCUUGGAGCCGUUCCGGCGCUUCGAAAUGGCUCUGGGAUGGUACCCGAAUCAAGCCCUCGGCACUCAGGUUCUCGUUGCCCACAAGAAUGCCCGGUUUCUCCACCUUUGGUACAACUCAUACCGAUACUACCGUCCCGAGCUGUGGUACUGGAAUGCAGGACGCCUUCCCACAGAAAUGAUUCUGGUGCCAAGGCCACACCUUGUUCACCGCGUGCCUUAUGACUUUGGCGUGCACAAUGUAGCACACCUCUUGUACGGUGUCUGCAAGCCUGACUGGAGACAGUACUUUGCUAUUCACCUCUUGUUUCGACACCGGGACUACUUGGUCACCUCAGAUACAUUCGGGCCACUGACAGUGUUUAACGUGGGCCGCUACAACACGACAUUUGGCCAGAUGGUCAGGCUGGCUCUGUUUGGAACAACAAGACUCGGAGACCACCACACUUUGAAAGACCCUAAAUGGUUUCUCGAAAAUGAGCUAGAGUAUGUACUGGAUGCUUGCUAACUUAAAAUGUUGGGGCACUUGACCGCCAGCCAGCCUUUGACGCAACUUCUCCCUUGUGACCUUGCCCAGCCGCCCUCGCAGACUUACUGCACCUCUUGUGGAGUUUUCUCAGGCUGUGCUCAUUGAGGCAUCUCCACCUGCUGAAAGUGGGACUACAUCCAGGCUGCCCACCAGACAACCAUGUGUAAAUAUAAUGUCCAGAUCAUAGAUACUUGCUGGAAUUCAUUGAACAGACUGAGGUCCCUAGAGGCCCCUUUCUGGAAUUUGGGCAUUGGUUCUUGGCACUGCACAACACCACAUGGGGAGCAUGCCACGCGGCGUCCAUGCAGAUAUAAAUGAACACUUUUCUGCAUGACCACCGCAUGUUGUAGAGUGUGCUGUGUCGAUGUGCACCUCCUGACAAAAUGACAUCCUCGGCGUUCUCUCUCCUUUCUCUCCCUCUUUUUACCCUUUAACCCCCUUCCCCUGUGUAGGGUAGCAAGCUGGACAGGCAUUUGGUCGACCUGCAUGCCUUUCUUUUUCUCUUCCCUUUCUCUCACUGAGCACAACAAGCUACCGUAUUUGCUCAAAUAUAGGCCGAUACUUUUUUAAAGGACGAUGAGUACGAAAGUUGGGAGUCAGUUGAGAUUUGAGAAUGCAGUUUAAUCGCAGCCACCAGACAAUCGGUGCAUUUUGGAUCCACAAUAUUCUAGGCACUAUAUUGCAACACCGCCUCAGGAACCUGGCGGCGGGCCACAAGAUCUGGGAGGUCAAGAUUGCAGCUGAUGGGUUGAUGUGCCUCGUUUUUUUUUUUUUUUAAUGUAGCGUCUCAUCAUUAGCAAGGACAGUGCACUGUAGGAAGAGGUCAAAGACAUAUAGGCUAGGCAUAUUGACAAAGAUGACAACAAAUGAAGGUUGCACAUGCUUGCAAUGGCUGUCGAAAACCUUAAUAACAUGCAUGUUCUUUUUGCAGUCGAAUGCCUUAUUUUCAUUUAGUUUGCAUUUUAGUAAAGUUUUUAAUUUCCUGGCCUUUUGAGUUUUGGGCAUUUGCCUUCGAUCGGGGCCGGCAUAGAUUUGAGUAGAUACAGUAUGUAUGUGUACGUAUAAGGUGCUUCACCUGUUUUAUGUCAUAGGGCAAACUUUCACCUUAAAAGAAAGUGUAUUGGAAGAUUUUUGCGAGAAAGGGAGGAGAGCAGUCUCUCAGUUUGUAGACAAAUAUGCUUUUUAAUUGUCAGCCUGGCUGCUAACCAUGUGUUCAUUAAGACCAUGUUCAUAAUGCUUUUGUUUGUCAUGACCUAUAUAUUGCCAGCCAUGUUUUGUAAGGUUGUGCUUGAUAAGCAUUGUCACAUUCAAGUCAUCGUGCAAGGUGUGCUUGCGAUAUCAUUGUUAGCGAAUCUCAGAUGUUACCACAUAUAGAAAGACAAACCCAUCUAGAGUGUAAAAAUUACUCUAGCAUAUUGUCCAAUUUUUUGGAAUUGGAUUGGCAUUACCAAAUCCAUACUGCAAACUUACCACUGUUGUUGAAAAGCGUGCAAUUAUUGCAUUCUACUGGUGCUAACAUAUGUGGCAGAGACUUGCAAGUUAACAAACAAGCUCAAAAACUAGUUAAGGGCCGCACAAAGAGCAAUAGAAGGAAAAGUUUUCUGUGUAACGCUAAGAGGCUGGAAGGGAGCAGUGUAAAUCAGAGAGCAAAUGGGGAUAGCCGAUGUUCUAGUUGACAUGAAGAGAAAGAAAUGGAGCUGGACGGGCCACUUAAUGUGUAGGCUGAGGAAGUUGGGAAAUUUGCAGGCGCAAGUUAGAAGCAGCUCGCACAAGACAAGGGUAAUUUGAGAUUGCUGGGAGAGGUCUUCACCCUGGCAAUAAACAUGAAAAUAGGCUGAUGGUGAUGAUUCUCAAACUUGUGUGAUUAUCUCAAGACAAAAUAAAUGACGUUAUGACACCUCUGUUGGUGACAACAGGUGAACUCUCCAGACCUGGAAACUAGGAAGCACUGAUUGCCAUGAGCUCAAAGUUCGGGUGGACCUUUUAAGGGAGCCCCGACCACUCUUCGUUAAAGGCAGUUAACUCCCGAGUCAUGGUAUGCAUGGUAAAGACGAACGUAGAGGUUAAUGACGAGCUAAUCCAUUCAAUUCUGGAACUGGCGAGUGCUGGUAUAUCUGAUACUGCGAACAAGGAACUUGAGAUGAGCUCAACCAGGCAGCACUUUGAGAAAACAAUAGAGCUACGUGGUGGCAGAUACGAAGUGUCAUUGCCUUCGAAAACCAGGUUUGAGCUGUGUGAUAACAAUGAAGCUGCCAUUACCAGGCUGAAGAAACUUUUGAGCCGCUUGUCCAGCAAGGGGGAUCUUCUACAGAAUUGUGAUGCCAUGAUUUGUGACUAUAUACUGGCCGGUCAUGGGGAAGUUGUAAAAGACCCACCUCAAAAUCUGGCGAAGGUUUAUUACAUAAAGAAGUUAUCUGGCAACAAGUGCUGACAACAAAAGUAUGAGUUGUCUUCAAUGCGUCAUCAAGAACAUGGGGAUGCAAGUUGCUUAGCGAGGGCUUGGAAAAGGGCGACAGCUUAUAUUGGGACCUCGUCAAAAUAUUACUGCGCUUACAACGUGCCCCAUCACCAUAAUGGCAGAUGUCGAGAAAACCUUCCUUCAGAUUUCGAUGCAAGAAGAAGACAGAGAUGCCUUUCGAUUUCUGUGGUUUGAAAGAGGUGUUGCUGAGCUUCUGCAUAAGGACGCGCAGGAAUGGAGCAUGACCAGAGUACCUUUCGGAGCUGCUGAGAUUUCUGCUGACAGCAACCAUUUUUCACCACGUUAGAGUGCCACCAAGUAUGUCUUCGGCUGCCAAGACCUUGGGCGAGUCGUUUUACAUCGACGAUUUAGUGACAGCAGCUCAUUCAGAGGAUGAAGCUGCCCAGUUUUGUAGAGAGGCACAACAGCUCCUGCUCUCGGCAGGAAUGAAUCUUCGCAAGUGGUUGACAAAUGCUAGUGAGCUUAUGAGCACAGUGAACAGCAAGCACUGCUCAACCAGCCAGCAGGUGGCUGUACUUCAUGACGCCUCAGUUAAAGUACUGGGCAUUGUUUGGAGUCCCCAGAGCGAUGAGUUCAGCUUCUUGAUGGCCAAUCUUCUCGACUUUCUGAAAGAGAAAUCUGACACAAAAGCUUGUCCUACAAGUAACCUUAAGAGCAUUCGAUCCGAUGGGAUUCAUUGCACCAUAUGCGGUGUCCAUACAAAUAUUGUUUCGAAAGAUCUGGACGCGUGGAAUUGACUGGGAUGAGUGUCUGCCCACAGAUUUACGAACAGAAUGGCAAGACAGAGUGAGCCAGUUGACAAAGCUGCACUCGGUAAGGGUACUGCAUUGCAUCAGCAUCAGCAAAGGGAAACUGCCACACGUACUAAAAGUGCACAUCUUUUUCGAUGCAAGUCCGUGCGCAUAUGGUGCAGUCGUCUACGUUGUGACUGAACAAGCAAGACAAACCCAGUUACUCAUCGCAAAGUCGUGCGAUGCUCCAAUCAACACGGUAACUUUGCCUUUUCUAGAACUUCUGGGAGUGUUAAUUAUUGCAAGGUUGAUGAGCUUCGUAUCCAGUGCACUUACGGACUUCCAGCUUUGCUACACUAUGUGAAUGGACUCGACAAUAGCAUUAUCGUGGCUUAGGAACGAUGCACAGAAAUCUAAACACUUCCUUUGCAACAGAGUCACUGAAAUCCAAGAGCUAAUCGAUCGAGCCUUCCGCUUGGAAGUAUUGCCUUGGCACUGAAAAUCCUGCCGACCUGUUGACACGAGGUGUAUCUGUUGACCAGAUAGCUACGAGCAGCUCUUGGUGGCUAGGGCCUCACUGGCUUCAGGAUGCUGAACACAUCUGGGCAUCACAACCACUACAAACAAUGCAAAACACAGUUGUCCAUUGUGAAAAGGUCGCCGUUCAGGUGUCGCUUACCACUGACGUCAUGCAUCCACUAAUUGUAAUGGAGCAUUACAGCAGACUUGACGAGCUGCUGAGAGUUACAGCAUGGGUGCUGAGGUUCAUCAGUUGCUGCAGAUAUAAUGGCAGCGAUAAAGAAACUGGUCCCCUCACGGCAAAGGAGCUAUCAAGAGCCGAACAAUACUGAAUUUGACAAGUUCAAGAAAGUUCAAGAUGAGUUUUUCAACGCAGAAAUCAAAGCUAUCUCAGAAGGGCAUUUAUCGAUACAUGUAACGUCACUCAUCGCAAGCCUCAACCCAUUCCAGGACAAAGAUAGGAUACUUCGGGUUGGUGGCUGUUUAAUGCUAAUGGAAUCUCUGGAAGGUGUCAAGCAUCUGAUUAUACUGGCCAGUAAUCACCACAUUUCAAGGCCAAUCGCAAUCAAAGCAUACUGUGAAGUACUUCACGGAGGUGUGCGAGAUACACUUACACAGUUGAGAGAGCGCUUCUGGAUGUGCAAAGCAUGAAGCCUGGUGAGGAAAGCAACCAAGGAAUGUUACUUGCCCAAACAUUACACCGUUACACCAAGCAGCGCUCCAGUAGCUCCACUCGCAAAGCAUUGGGUAACACAAGCAUACGCAUUUGAAGUGGUCAUAGUGGACUUCGUGGGACUUUUUUUCAUAAGGACACCAUUAAGAGAUAUGAAGAACUACACUGCUCUAUUCAUGUGCACAGCGUCGAGUACGAUCCACUUAAUACUUUUGUCCAGCGUGACAUCUGAAGCAUUCUUGAUGUCCUUGCAUUGCUUUUGUGCCCGACUAGGCUUUUCCCAAGUCAUCUGUUCUGGCAAUGCAAGGGCUUCCAAGAAAACGUCAGGGGAUCUGCAAAAGCUUUGCAGAAUGCCACUAGAAGAUGGCGUCGCUAGACAGCUGAGCAGCAAAGGCAUCAAAUGGAAGGUUAUUGUACCAAACGCUCCAUGGUGGGGUGGAUGGUGGGAGUGGCUUGUGAGAUCGUUCAGGAUUUCACUCGGCAAACUUCAGUCCUUGAUUUUGUUUUUCUUACUACAUCUCUUUUCAAUGCCGGUUGUGAAUGCGAUGUUAUUGAUAGAAUAUCUGGCCAUAAUGCUGUGUUAAUUUCAGUUGCAGGCAUCGUCUCUGAAUAUACUGCACAUUUCCUGACAUUAACUGCACUGAUGAUUUGGCAAUAACAGAUGCCCCAUGCAGUUCUUUUCAUGAGUUUGAACUCGUAAGUGCCAGUGGUGAUACUAAUACCUUGACAAGUUUCUUCGAAAAUCUUCUUAGUAAGUGUGUCAACCUUUUUAUUCAUUUAAAAACAAAGAAAACAAACACUGAAAUUCCUUGGAUGACUAGGGACCUUUCGCACUUAUCACACCAUGUGGCCAGAUUACGUCAAUCGAAACGCUCUGGUGUUUCAACAAAAUUCAUGCAGCUCCAUAGCGCUAAAAAUGAACUUUGUUCUAAAAUGGUUACUGCAAAAGAAUUUUAUUACAAGGUAACUUUGCCAGAAUUAAUGAUGACUAAUCCCCGUAAAGUUUGGAAAGCUAUCCUACCACCUAGGUCAUCCUCGGACACAUUAAGUACUAACAAUGUUGCAGUUUCUGAUUUGCAGACAAUAAACUUCUUUUAAUGCCUACUUCCACUCUGACUCUACGACUGAUAACUCUGUAACCCUUGUUUUUGAUUCCGAACCAUACCCUUUAAUCAACAAAGUAUCACUGUCUCCUGAGGGUGUACUUAAGGGGGGAAGUGGGUCUUAAAAAUUUUUUUCUUAUUUUUGGGUGAAUCUUUCAUAAACUCCACUGUCUGGGGUAAUUUUUCGUGCUGAUUUCAGAUCUGUAAUUAGAUUUUUGAUAGCUGCAGCAGUUCAAAAAAUAUUGAGGUCUGAAGUCAAAUUAAUGUCAAAUUCGUUACGGGGCUUUUUGAAGAUUCCGUCUUGCUAAAUCAAAAACUAAAUGCAUGACACCAUUGCUAAAGACCUACUGUAGGGGGUGAUGCUAUUUUUAUUCAUUUGGAAGCAUUUUGCGGACAAGAAAACAAUCUUGCAUUUAUUAUGAACAUUUUUUUCUAAUUAGCAGCGAGUACUAUACCUGAAUGUAAUUUUCAUGCCGGUGCAAGAGUAAUAAAAAUAGCAUCACCCUCCAGAUCAUUUCAAUACGAAUAAAAUGAUACCACCCUUGUCAUUUUUGGCCAAAGACAACCCAGAAAAAACACCCGUAAGGCGGAGUACAGUGUGCAAAAACAUCGAACUGAAAUAAACGCAUUUGAAGUUUCAAACAAAUGUAGCUUUUGCUGAAGUGAAUCUACAGCAAUACAAAUGGCACCAUUUUGAAGCUCUAUGUUUUGUAAGAAUGGCCAUACUAAAUGUGUGACUGCACACUCUCAAAAUAAUAGUACACUGGCCACUGAACUAGCACAAGAAACUUUAAUAGGCACCAUGCUCUACAAAGAGCAUGGUGCCUGGGUUUCAAACCGAAGUGUAGAACUCUGUGUGGGCAUGAAUAUAGUUCCAGUGUUGUACAUGCAGGCUGUCUGAUUGAUAGCAGUCUCCAUUACAAUCAGUGAGGCAUUUAUUCAUUUGGUAUUAAUUGACCAUGUUACUGAAUGAAGGCUCUGAGUGUAAGUAGCCUUCCAAGUCAUCUUCACCUGGCAGUGGCUGUGGAACUUAGGAUCAGAAAGCCAGUGAUAGAUAUGCAGCUGCUAGGUGCUUUCCAGAAUUUUACUUUUGUAUGAUGCCUCGA